AUGGGUACAAGCUCGGUCCGCCGCAAUCUCUUCCACCACCAUCUCAGCAGACGUCCUGUCUCAGCAGCUCCUCCCAAUGCCCCCACUUCAGGUCCUGGAAUGUCUGGUCUUUCUUCCCAAAUACUGCAGUCUACUGCGCCAGACUCCAGCUCGUCCUUGUCCUCUGGUCCUGUCGAUAACGGCGAAAUUGUCGUGAAAGACAAAAAUGGCGGGUACAAGCUGGAUAUCCCGGUAUUGCCCCCGCUGGUAGGAGAGGAUGGGGAGGAGAUGGAAGGUAUCGAGGGAGGGGGAGGUACCAACUCUACAGCAGCUACCGAGGCCGGGCAGGGAGAGAUUAACGGACGCGAGAAAGAAAAGAUUGAAGCGAACUUGGUAGAGAUGAUGUACCGAAACAGGAACAGACAGAUGAGCAGUGAGCCACAUGAAAUUCUGAACCUCAUCUAUCAGAGCCUACGAAACAAAGUCGCCGCAUUGGAAGAGGACAAUUGGAUGUAUGAGCCGGAACCCGAUACUCGCGUCUAA